AUGGCCUCUGGUUCGAUGAUGUCAUUGUGGUCCGAUAGAACCAGCUCAUUGUUGCCAACAUAUUUUCUCGAUGCACAGGAGAUUCAACUUUUUUGUCAACGCCAUCUCUUCGAUUCCCAUCCUGCCAAUCCAUCCAUUCCCAUCGCCUUUGUGGUCAUGCAAAACAGUCACUUCUUUGUUGCAGUCUUUGACUAUUGGUUGAACCUUGCAUUCAUCCUUGGAAGGCACAUCAAACAUGUCCCAGAAACCCCUCAUCCCCACUAUGACCCACUGCGUGAUGACUGGAACACAUGGAAUGGCCCUUUCUACUGGACAUGCAUAGCAUCGCUUCAUGGAUUCGAUGCCAUCAACCCAACCCAAGUUGAUGUGCAGGUGUACAAUUGGUCACAGAACAGUUUCGACUGUGGCCCCAUUGCAUCCUUUGUCAUGGAGUCACUCAUGAGAGGGGGGCUAUCUGGUGAUGGCAGGCCUACCAUCCACAUCCCUCCAAUUCCUUGUGGUCAUCGUCUCUGCCUUCAAAUGCUUGUCAUGGUGAAGGAGGGCUGUCGAAGGUGCUGGGAGGACUAUUGUUACUUGUCUACAACCACCCUUCCCCCUAGUCACAUAUGGACACAGUGGGACGACACCAAAGCCAUCAGUGAAGACAUCCUCAUGGAUGUGGAAAACCAAUCAUCUGGAGAGCAACAUGCUACCAUCGUCCAUGAGUUGAAUGUCAUUGGGGCCAACUGCCUUCGCUGCCAAAGGGGGGAUGACUCCAGCGAUGUAGUGAACCCUGAUGUGCACUCUGAUGGUGACUUUCUGACUGACACUGAAGAUGAAGGUGAAGACCAUCGUUUGCCUCUGGAUGCCAAGUCUCAGCGUCUCAGGGAUCUCCUUUGGCGCUACCCUUAUGUGAGCAGGGCCAGAGCCAGGGAUCGACUUCCUCCUCGGGCUGCCCAUGGUCAUCAAGUUGAAGGGGAAUCCACUCCAGAUGAUCCCCUUGAGAUCAUCCAGCGACACAAGCAUGUCAAGGACUGGUCAGCUGGAAUGAUGUACCGUUUCCCAUGUCCAACUCCGCCGGUAUACCUCCCUGCAUACCAAGGUCAACGAUGGAAACCUUUCAAUCGCAGGUUUGAUGAGUAUGAAGGAGGACCUGUCUUGGAAAGUUUGCACCAGGACCACAACUGCAACGAGAUUGUGGAGGAGCCCUACUAUCGGCCUGGGAUGUGGACAUCCUUUCGAGAUUAUGGCUAUCAUCUGCUGAGUUCCUUCAACCAGAUGUUCUACUUGGGUCCCCCCAUCAGAUUGUCAGACCAUAUCCUCCAAGUGGGUGUUCCAGCUAACUACCAGUCUUCUCAUCAAAUCGGCGACCAUGUUACUGGAAAUUACUCUCUUGCCCAGCAGGUGCCCCAUCCAUCAAGAGUCAAUGUGGAUGAUGUGGUCAUACUGGGUGCCUCUCAGAUGAUCGAGAUUGGCUCAAGCAUGUCAGAACAUCUCAUGAACACCUUUGUGAAUGGGCGGCAUGAGGAUGGGUGUCACAUCUGCCUGGACCUGGAGCUGGAUCACAAGUUGGUGACUCCAGAGGAGUUGGAAGUCACUGUGGACAUUGACAGUCUCAUAUGGGUGAUGCAUUCCCUACAGUUCAACACACCGCUGCCCAUCUACCUUGGUCCCAUCAUCGAGGAAAAGGCUCCUAUGCACAAGCACAAUCAUGUGUAUGUUGACAUCCUCGUGCCUCAGUCAGAGGCAGAUUCCAGUGCCAUCGGAAGCCAUACCGAAUGGUUGACCAUGGCAUUUCCUCUGUGUGGAGUACCUCACACAGUGUUUGGUGCCUUGAGCAACGCUGCUGGCACCAUGAAUGUCUACAUUUGCUUCCCCAGGAUGAUCCACAGGGACGAGAUGACACACAAGCGUGCCAAUCGCAUCCCAAAGGAGGUCCUUGACUUUUUCUGGGAGCAUGUCCUACUUCCAGCAAUCCAUGCACAUGCAGAUGUUUCGAGUGCACCAUAUGUCUCUCUCACUCUGAAGGAAGGAAUCAAGUUGUGGACGAAAACCACCCUGUCAGGAGCCAUUCAAAUGCCAGUCCAAGCUCUCCUCCAUGGACUUCCAGCUCUGGAUUGGUCCCACAUGGUAGACAGGGCCAAUGGGGAGCUCUUGGUUGACUUGGGAAUCAGCAUUCACCCCACAUGUGAUGAAAAGCUCGUUGGAUUGUGGAGACUGGAUGCCCUGGAAGCUUCCUUUGGGGCAGGUGGAUAUUUGCGAGGAAAUGCCCACCACACUUGCAUGCUUGGAUGCCCCACCUUUGUCAUGGACAAGGAUGCUUAUGCCCUGAACAAUGACUUCAUUGGGGAAUGCAUGCAGGCCAUCAACAUGUAUUCUGGAGAUGCAAAGAAGAGGUCAUAUGGGAUGGAAGAGCUUUUAGCCUCCAAUCCCAUUCUCUGGAUCCCGACCAAAGUCUGGUUGGAAUUUAUGGCUAGACGCAUCAGGGCCCUCCAGUUGGCUCAGAUCUCUCUCAAGGAACUGGAACCACCCAACCUUGGGAUUCUGACUGGCAUCAUCUGCCACAUGAUUCGGUGCACGUCCACCACUGCAAUAAUCCUUGACUUCCAUGUGAGAGAGUCCAUGGCCCUUCUGCAGGUCUCCAGGGUGUGUGAGUGGUUGGGAAUGUUCUUCCUUUUGGACCUGGACUUGCAUCAUGUCCCCCAUCUUCCAGAAGUUCAGGAUCAUGAUGACCUGGAGGUGCUCAAGCUGAUGGAGGGAAAGUUGAAGAGGGGUGAUGGACGACCUGCCUGGCCAAGGAUUCCCCCUCUGGACAAAGUGGAACAAUUUCCCAUUGGCAGCAGACUGACGUGGGCCAAAUUGACAAGGACCAUCCAACUGCAGCCUUGGUUGAUCAUGCAGGACUGGAAGUGGUCGGCCCAACUGUCUGGUCUGGGGCCAGUGGUAGGGAAACUUUUCGUUCUGUUUACCUGUCAGCUUUGGAUCCAGUUGGAUGCGACUUGGCUGACAGGCUCAGAGGGAAAACCAGAGCCAACAUCUUUGGAAGAAGCCAUUCAGAGUUGGACUCUGAACCAGACCUUCAGGACAAUACAUGCCUGCGAAUUCAAGGCCUGCAAUGCAGAAAUUGCAGGGAGUGGAGGGGCUGGUCGCCAACAGUCAAGCUUUGCAGAGAGGGUCAACCUGUUUUUCCUGGGACCCACAGCAGGACAACCUUCACGGAGGUCACCAUGGAAUGUCUUCUGGACGAAGCCUGGCUAUAUUUGGGAGUAUCACCAGGUGAUGAAGAACAGGACACCCCUGGAGGAGUUUGAGGUGCUGGACCACCUUGGCAGGAUAUUUUCUGUCCUUCAGACAUUACCUGAUGCGACCAAAGGGAGUGAAAAGAGUCCUGGGAAGACAUGGUGGGUGGAGGGUGAGAAGGUGGUUCUGGUGACAAAUCCCAAGUUCUACAAGAUCAAGGGUAUCUCCACUGAGAAGGAACAGCAACAGGCCAGGAGACAAGCAUCUCAAGUGGUAAAGCCCAGGAAUGCACUGCAGAUGGAGCUCCUGGAGCAUGCAGGAUAUGACGAACUGCUGGCUAGCAAGGCCCUCAUCUUAGAAAGGCAGAGGCUGAAAGAGGCACAGACUAAGAACAAGAAGAGGCAAGGCCACCUCAUAGAGGGAAGCAGAGGGAUGGCAAGGGGGAAGGCAAGGGUAUGGGUACAGAGGGAGACAGUGAUGAAUUCUGUUCAUCCAGUUCCCCAUGUAUCAAUGAUGUGGUGCCAACUUGUGGUGCACUCUUUGAUGCACUCUGUGCACUCAGUUGAUGCACUUCAAGGGGUCCAGCAUGCUCUGAGGAGGAGUGGUCAGAUGGGAACAUUGACAUGCAAUAGACAUAGGAGAGUCAGGGAAAGAUGGUCAAUUGAGGUGGUCCAAGGGGGGACGAACACCACUACAAGUGAUCCAGCAUGCUCUGAGGAGGAGUGGUCAGACAGGAACAUUGACAUAGGAGAGUCAGAGAAAGAUAGACCAUUUGGAUCACACCAGAAAGGACCCUAUGUGUCAUUCCCCUCCUCUUAUCCUGGGGGUGCUAAUCCUGUAAAGUUUAGCAAGCAUGAAAGCUUGUCAGGAAUGGUUGUCCUGGAGGGCCUGAAAGUCACAAUGGAUGAUGACAAUGGUUGCAGCAUUUCUAGGUGUCAGAAUAUCCAUGUAAGAUAUGUUACCCUGCCCUCCCCAUGUUCACUCCAUCAAAACAAUUUCAGAGAUUGA